GAAAAAAAAAACAACAUGGCCGUUGUCGUGAAAGAAAUCGUCGAUGAAUCGCGUUCAUUUUGAUGAGAAUUGAGAACGCAUCUGUAAUCAAAGUUGGUGAUGGGGUUAUAAACCAUGGCGAAUUCAGUCAAUGUGAAGAACGUUGUGAAACAUCUAGUAAACGGCACGUUUGAAGAAAAUCUGUGCCGGGUUUGUUUGUUGCCACUUGGAGAGUUUUGUGAAAAUAUAUUUACUAAAAUAUCCAAGCAUGAUGAUGAUUAUUGUGUCGCCGAUGCCUUGGAAACGGUGUGUCAGAUAAAAUUUUCAGGGUCUGAUAGGUAUAAUGUCUGCUAUGAUUGUUUCGUAAUGGCAUCAACAGCUUAUAGAUUUUUCUUGCUAACCAAGCGCAGUAAUGAAAUUCUAAACUAUUAUGUCAAAGAGUUGGAAAGGAAUAUUUACUCCGUGGAAGUUCCAGAAAACCCAUUGGACGACAAUAAUCUUUGUAUUCCAUUGACUGAAUGUGUACCAAUGGUACAGAACUUUAAUUUUGAUAUAGAAGAUUUGAAACAUUAUAAGGUAAGCUUUGACGAAGAAGAUAGUAAUAUUCAACCAAUUGUCCUUCAAGAACAAAAUGAAAAGCCUUUAUCAGAAACGAUACUUGUCAAAGAAGAUUUAUCAAACGUUGAUGAUGCUAAAAUUGUAGUGGUAAUUGAGGAAGAUGGUAAAAAGACAUUCUAUAAAUUGCAAGAUGGCACAACUGAGUUAUUUUCAGAUAAGAUGAAACAUUCUGAAAUGACUUCUGUUAACAGUGUGUCAAAAGUACGGAGGAAAAGAGACCCUAUGACAUUUAGGAAGUGCAGCCAAUGUCCUGUACAAUAUAGGUUCUUGGGGAAACUAAAGAUGCACAUGAAAACAGAGCAUAAUAUGGAUUUGUUUGUUUGCAAGGUCUGUAAAGCAAUAAUGGAAGAUGAGCAAGAAUUCAACCGGCAUCUCAAGAGUCAUAUGGAUGUGCAUCGCUGUAACAUUUGCGAUACGGUCUUUAAGAAACGAGACACAAUUAUUGCCCAUCUCAAAUGGCACGAGGAGAUGAAGAACAUGAGUAAAUUAGACGGGGCACAUGUUUGUGAACUGUGCGGUUAUAUAUUACCGAAUGAGGAUCAGUUAAAAGAGCAUUAUGACAAGAAGCAUGAUAAAAAAUAUACAUGUUUCUAUUGUGGAAAAAUGUACAAAGGGGAACUGAGCUUUGAAAUGCAUAUAAAGAAACAUGAGAUGCAUAAGAAAUCAGACAAAAAACGCAAGAACCCCGAGCAAGGAAAAGAACAGAAGGAGCCAGAAGACAAGAACUCUAAAAAGCGCACCAUGUGUCCGACGUGUGGAGGCAAGUUUGUGGACGAGCGCUCUUUGAUGUGGCACUCCAUGCUGCAUACCAACGAGAGACCUUACUCCUGUGAUGUAUGCGGGCGUGGGUUCGUGUCAUUAAACCGUCGCAACCAGCACAUGCUCUGCGCCCACACGAUGCCCACCAAACGCUGCCCGCUCUGCUCUGCGUUGUUCCAUCUCCGGUCUAUGGUCAACACGCAUAUUAAGAAGGUGCACCUAAAAGCCCACAAACGUCGCAAUCGCACCAGCAAGCACCAGAACGUGUGUUGGCGCACCGAAGCCGUGCCUAUCCAGGAGCUGAGCGUCUCCAUACAGAACGAGAUCCUUGAGAUGCAGACUGGAGACAAGACUCAAGAUCAAAUCGACUGGACGCAGAAAAUCGUAUAGUGAUAUCUGAAAAGGGUCGUCAUUGAUACUCGUGUGUUAUCCAUGAAAUUUGAAGGUUAAACUCUAUACUCCGGUUUAUUCGAGGGCAGCCCUGUGCCUAGCAGUGUGACGUAUAUAGGCUAUGUUAUGUAUAAUAUGUGACCUCUUGUUUUUUUAAAGAAUGAAUCGUGUGUAAUAUUGUGAAAUUAUGUACUUAUAAAUUAUAUUUAUUGUAAUAUUAGAUUUAAUACAUUUUUGAAUUAA